UGCCAUUUUCUUCCACUAUCCAUAUAAACUUGGCAAGGUGAAGAAAUGACUGACGUUCAUGGUAGAAAGCGCGAGAAAACUACCGAGGCGGUAGCCAAAGCCAAGAAGGAAAAAGAAGCCGUCAAGAUAAAAGAAUACAAUGAGCUAGUUACGAAUUAUGGAUAACAAUGAAUAUGAUGACGAUACUUUUCAAUUAACAACAAGGAUUGUUGAGUGGAAUCCCGACUAUUAUACAGUCUGGAACUAUCGACGUAUUAUAUUAGCAGAAGCUAUAUUAAAGUACUUGAACGACGAAGACAAACAAAAAGUGUUUGCGAGAGAAUUACAGUUAUUCUUGCAGUUAAUAAAAAUCAAUCCAAAAUCAUACUGGAUGUGGAAUCAUCGAUUCUGGUGCUUGCAAAACAUGCCUAACCCCAACUGGAGAGCUGAACUCGGCUUGGUUGAUAAGAUGUUGAGUCUGGAUGCUCGUAACUUUCACGGGUGGAAUUACCGUUCAUACGUUGUGAAGCAAUUAUUAAAUAGGGAAGAAGAUACAGCGAAAAUCAUCAAGGAUGAAUAUGAUUUUACAACCAAGAAAAUCAACCAAAGCUUCAGUAACUACUCUGCUUGGCAUAGACGUUCUAAGCUUUUACCAGAAAUUGUAUCUACGAUGUCAGAGAAAGAAAAGAAUGAAGUUGCUCUCAACGAGCUUGAUCUGGUGAAAAAUGCUAUAUAUACAGAUCCUGAUGAUCAGUCCGCUUGGCUAUACUAUUGGUGGUUGGUAGGCAGAGCAACGGAAAAUGUCUCCCUGCAAGGUGCAUUUCGGUACAAAAACGAUCCAAGUAUUGUUAUUAUUGCGUAUAAUGAUGAGAUCAGAGUCACCGGUUUGCCCAUUGUAGUAGAUACAGACGGGAAACAUAUACCCUUUAAAUUAUAUCCCUUAGGCGAUAAAACCGGAUGUCAAAGUUCUUCCAUUUGGAUUUUGGUGCUUUCAGUAAUGAAUGCUAAACAAAUUAUGGUAGCUACUGAUACCAUUCUACCAAGUUCAGCUUCUAAAACAGUACCUCAAAAUACACUAUGGAAAGUAGAUAUUAAAGCAAUUGAUAGAUCAGAUGAACGGCUCAAGCUACUUAAGGAGAGGUUGAACAAUGGGGAUAUAAAGGAAUGGAAACCAUUAUCAGCAAGAGUAUAUCAGGAUCCAGCAUUGAGUGACCAGGCAGCUUGGUUCACAUUGGAUAAAGUUCAACUGUUAAAAGAUGAGAUAAAUGCCAUUAAAGAAUUGUUGGAGCUUGAACCAAAUAGUGCUUGGGCUUUGCAAACACUGUUGCAUUUUAUGGACCAGCUACAGUUACGCAGUAACAACCUGGAUAUAUCAGUUUAUAGCGAAAUUAUUAAAAUCCUAGACAAGUUGUCUCAAAUCGACAGCGACAGAAAGAUGAAAUACAUGGAUCAGAAGGAUCAAUAUAUGUUUAAAAUAUGGACUCAUCAGCUAUCGAUGACUAAUAGCGUUAACUCAUACGACGAAACAGGAACACAGAAACAAGUGGAUCUGCGAACUAUACAUUCAAUCCCGUUAUACUCUCCUUUAUUGCUUGUACGAGAGAUUAUCGUACCAACGGUUUCUUUACAGGAGGAACUAUUAGAAAUUUUACCGUUUCUCGAAACAUGUACGGUAAAUGAAAUGACCGAUUAAUUGGAAAUAAAAGAGACGUAUGGAAGACGGUUGUAUUCUACCUUUUGUUUACGUACACCAUAUACGGCUUCAGAUGAAAGAAAAAAAAUGUCAUUGGGUAAAUACUUGACAGCAGGAGCAGUUUAAAUUAUAGCACAAAAAUUGAUAUUUGAAUGUUUCAGCACAAUGACACUUCAAAAGCGU